AUGCGCAUUUGCAUCUCCGAGCAUCGAACAGCACGACAGCAACAACACCAACAACAUGACUCACGUGCGCUGCCCUUUCUGCAACUCCAUCCAGGGCGACGAGUACAUCAUCCAGCUGCACAUCGAAGAGUUCCAUACUGAAGACUCGCCGUUCGUCCCUCAACGGGGCGAGGCGUCCACGUCUGCCCACGGAACCCAUGCAUCGCUCAGCAGUCAGUCGAUGCCGGAUGAUCUCUGGACCAAGUGUACCCGGCGAGGGUGCGGAGAGUACAUUCAGCUAUCAGCUAUCGAUGAACACCUGGACUUCCAUGCUGCUGCCGAUCUCUCCGAGAUGGACAACGGAGAGCUGGCUCCGCCAUUGCCACCACGGAGAAGUGUGAGUCCCUCAGCCAGUCCGCCACCACCACUGCGCACAUCAAUAGGCCGCGAGCUAUCCGAGCAGUGCAAAGCUAGACUUGAAAAACAGCGGUCUAAGAUCAAGGAGAGGGGGAAGGAAUCCUCUUCGGCUCAUCGCUCCUCCAUUUCUCAGGCCAAAGAUGAGCGACGAUCAACUGCGAGUAGCUUGUUGAGCUACUUCUCGGGCACCUCAACGGCGCUCACUCGCUCCAAUCUCAGAGCACUACAGGCACCGCAGAAUCCUGGACGCCUUGGGAAGCGUGAGCUUGGUCCACAUGCUUACGAGAAGAGCAUGCCUUCCGGAGUGCGCAAAGCCCUCAUCUACGGCGCCGAAGCUCAAUUCACGCAACGUAUUGGCAGUGAUGGAAAGCUGUACACGCAUCGCUCUGUGCCCAAUGAGACGUGCGGCCUUCCGCGAGCCAUUGCAGAUCUUUGCGCGCUUGAGGCGAAUACAGCGGCAACAUACCUCUGCCAUCCCAGCACGAAGCACAUUUACAAGAUUGAAUGCGACGGCAAUUUCUGUGGCUUCUGGUCGAGUCAGGUCGUUCUGACCUACAUCCAGCAUGUGGACCGAGAGGGACCUCAGAGCAUGCCGCAUGUCAUUGAGAUGCAGAGCAUCAUCGAGGACGCGUGGAAAAAUGGGAUCUGUGCGUAUGACAAAGUUCAGACGGGGGGCAUCCUCAACACUCGGAAGUGGAUUGGCACUACGGAAGCGUUGGCCUUCUUCACACAAAUCGGCGUCAAAGUCGACGCUCUCACAUUCAAGGAUGGAGAGGACGAGCACGAGAAGUCGGGGGUGGAAGCCCUUCUGGACUAUAUUGAGGCCUUUUACAUGAGCGGCAUGGACACUGCAGAGAAAGUCGGCACAUCUCACAUCACCCAGCUGCCCCCAAUCUACUUUCAGCGCUUUGGGCAUUCCAUGACCAUCAUCGGCAUCGAGAGACUCCAGGACGGUUCUCGGAACCUGCUUGUUUUUGACUCCUCGUUCGCGACAUCCACGCCGAUGCUUCGUCUGACGGAAGGGCGACGCGCGCGAGCAUUGGUUGGCGAUCUCUUGACACCGUAUCGCCGAUCCGACCAAGCGCUGAGCAAGUGGGACGAGUUUGAGAUCCUGAUUCCACAGUUGCAGGCAGUCCGUCUCCAUUAGGGUAGCAUCCGGGUCUUUCAGAAUCGGUUCGGCAGUCACUCAGGGAAGUCCUUGUGAAAGACUUGAGGUGUCCGUCCGGUGUGAGGCAUAAUCCGACGACAAACCAAUGCGACGCUCGCGCAUCGUUGUUUCCGGCAUUUCGAGGCAACUGUCGGGCUCUGCCCCAGUCCCAGGGUGUUUGCGCAUUGGUCUGUGAAACAUUUUAGGGGAUCGUGUUCAUCCCAAUCGUUUGGUAC